CCGGCACAGUAGUCGCCAGCCGCUGACAUCACCACACCUCACAACAUGUACAAGCUGAUCGUCCUCGCCGCCGUGUUGGCCGUCGCCGCCGCCGCCCCCGGCUUCCUGGGCGCGCCUGCUGUCGCCUACACCGCCCCCGCGGUGGCCGCCGCUCCCGUGGCCUACGCCACCCCUGCUGUCGUCAAGGCCGCCGUCGCCGCCCCCGCUGUGGCCUACGCCGCCCCCGCUGUAGCCUACGCCGCCCCCGCCUACCACGCCCCCAUAGCCUACGCCGCAGCACCUGCUGUCGUCAAGACGCACUACUUCUAAGGAAUGCAUUUGCUGUCAAGAUGACUGUUUAUUUACCCACCUACUUGCUGACGUGCGCGUAGCAGUGGUGUAAAUAAAGUGACUUUUCUUGAUAAA